GUGCUUUUUCCUUGUUCCGUUGGUCUGGGUUGACUAUUUGUUGGACUUGUCUCGUCUGUUUUCUCUCUUCUUUUCUUCUUAUACUUUUUCUUUGAACUAGGACACAUUGACUCAACCUCAGCUUGUGUUUGUCGAGUUUUGAGGAUUUGUUUGCUAUUGUCUGGAUUUACAAGUGUUGAGAAAGAGGGAAAUAACUUGAAUUAAGUCACAAUGACCAAGGUUCUUCUCACAGGUGGCUCAGGCUUUAUUGCCGCACCACCAAAUACUCUUUUCAAGAUGCCACCUCUCAUUCACGACUCUUACUCUAAUCUCAUGAGUAACACCGAGGAAGAAGAAAGCUAACAUAUGAUUCCAACACAAAAAGCCCACAUCCUCGAACAACUCCUCGCCAAAAACCACACCGUCAUCACCACCGUCCGCACCGACGAAAAAGCAGAAAAGAUCCGCGCCGCCCACCCAGACAGCGUCCAGCAGAACCGUCUCACCGUCGUCACCGUCGGCGACAUCGCCCAGCCCAGCGCCUUUGACGAGGUCAUUGCCGCCCACGCCGACGGGCUCGAGGUCGUGCUUCACACCGCCAGCCCCUUUCACUACAAGUGGACGGACGCCCAGAAGGAGCUCAUCGACCCUGCUCUCAACGGUACUCGCGGUAUUCUUGAGGCUAUUCAUCGCUCGGCAAAGUCUGUUAAGCGGGUUGUUAUUACGUCGUCUUUUGCUGCGGUUCUUUCGGAGGAGAGAUUGUUUGAUCCUAAUACGACCUUUACUGAGGAGUCGUGGAAUCCGGAUGGCGUCGAGGACGUUCACCGUUCGCCACCUACCGCUUACCGCGUCUCCAAGACGGCCGCUGAGCGUCUCGCCUGGGACUUUGUUGCUCGAGAGAAACCCUCUUUCGACCUCGUCACGGUGAACCCGCCCGUUGUCUUCGGACCCGUGGCUCACAGCUUGGCCUCGCUCGACUCAAUCAACACAUCCAACGAGCGUAUCGUCGCUCUUCUACGCGGUCAAUGGAAAGAAAGAAUCGGCGACACCGGCCCCGUCGGCCUAUGGAUCGAUGUGCGUGACGCCGCAGCCGCCCACAUCAAGGCGUUCGAGAUCCCCGAGGCUGGAGGCCGUCGUCUCUUCACCGUCGCAGGCAGGACGUGCAAUCAGGAGGUUGCUAGGAUCGUCCGCGAGGGCUUCCCUGAGUACGCUGAUAGAUUGCCCGGACCGGAGGUGCCUGGUGGAGAGCCCUUUGAUGAGACAAAGUCGUUCAAGUAUAACAACGAUGCGACGUACAAGUUGCUGGGAAUUGAGUGGAUUCCCAUUGAGAAGAGUGUCUCUGACACUGUCCGCUCACUCAAGGCCUACGGCAUCUAGAUUGUUCAACUAGAUAGUGUACGCGUACGAAAGAAUUGACGAAGAAUUAAUAAAAAUAAAUUCUUAGAUUAAAAACUUAAAGGUCGAAAAGACAUAUCUAUCAAUGUUG